GGUUUUAUUUUUGGGCUCCUGGCCAAUCAGAUGCGUCGUUCAGGAAGUUAACCAAGCUUGUGUCAAAAACAAGGAUUUGUUUUACAAUCAAUUUAAAGCGUAUCAGUGUAUUUACAGUCGGUGUGUUUCCAUCUGUACUGCAGCGGCUCUUUAUCGGAUCCUGAAAUGUUUUCACCGUCUCCUGGCAGCGUCUGAAUGAGCUCGGCUGCUCUUAGACUUAGCUUAGAUUAGCUUAGCUUAGCUUAGCCUAGCAUGGCUAUGUGUUCAGCUAGUUAUCUGGUUUGCUAGCUGGAGGCUUUCUGGUUUUGUUUUAACAAUAAACGCAGCAUGUGUUUAACUGGAACAGGCAAUGUGAGGUGUCAGAAGUUAAUCAGCAUGACCUACUAUAGCUAUAGCAUUAAAUACCGCCAUACAGAUGUGUAGCAUAGUAUUAAUAUAGUAGCUAAUCGGCUAGACAGUCUUAGUAUUGUUUACUAGUAUUGUUGUUUACAUUGUUUACUGAUGCACUUCAGUCUGUCCUUUGUUGAAUAAUAUCACAGUGUGCCGUGUCACUCGGUUAGUUAAAGGAAAUUCUGUAUAAGUGACGAAUAUUAUUUGAAUUUCAUUAAACACCAGGGAGGAUUUGCUACAUUGUCAGCUGUACCUGUCGGUAACGGUGAGGACAGGUGACUACAGUUGAGGACAAGUGAGGACAGGUGACUACAGUUGAGGACAGGUGAGGACAGAUGAGUCCAAGUGAGGACAGGUGAGUCCAAGUGAGGACAGGUGAGUCCAGGUGAGGACAGGUGAGUCCAAGUGAGGACAGGUGAGUCCAGGUGAGGACAGGUGAGUCCAAGUGAGGACAGGUGUGCGGUAUGUUCACUACAGGUGAACCCAGGGUUCAGGGUGUUCUGGAGAAUCUGAUUAGUGAGUCUCUGCUGUAUUUUUGCCAGCUGUGGGAUUGUACCCGAGCUCUGCUGCUUCAUUAACCUGUAUUCAUAGACAAAUUAACUAUUCUGGUUGUGAAAAUUGUUACCUGUACGUCCUGUGAAUUCAUAAUCGCUUACAAUGAAAAACUGUGAAUACCAACAAAUCGAUCCCAGAGCACUCGGGACCCCGGCGUCCACACCGGCGUCCACGCUGCCACAUCCGAGAAAAGAGCUUCCUCACCCGAGGAGAAAGUGGGAAGUGUUUCCUGGGAAAAACCGCUUUUACUGUAAUGGACGCAUCAUCGUGGCACGGCAGUGCGGCGUCCUGCCUCUGACCCUCAGCCUGAUCGUCCUCACCACCACCUUAUUCUUUACAUUCGAUUGCCCUUUUCUGGUGGCUCACCUCACCGUCUGCAUCCCAGUGAUUGCUGGAGUGCUUUUUCUCUUUGUGAUCGUCACCCUUCUUCGCACCAGUUUUACAGACCCCGGGAUCUUACCCAGGGCUUUACCAGAGGAGGCUGCUGACAUUGAGCGCCAAAUAGAUAAUUGUGGAUCAGCUACAUAUCGACCCCCACCUCGGACUAAAGAGAUCCUUAUAAACGGUCAGCUGGUCAAACUGAAGUACUGUUUCACCUGCAAGAUGUUCCGUCCACCUCGUACUUCACACUGUAGUCUGUGUGACAACUGUGUAGAGCGCUUUGACCACCACUGCCCGUGGGUGGGGAAUUGUGUCGGAAAGCGCAACUACCGCUUUUUCUAUACUUUCAUCGUUUCAUUGUCCUUUCUUACUUCCUUCAUCUUUGGCUGUGUGAUCACACACCUCACUUUACGAUCACAAGGUGGGAAAGGCUUUGUACAAGCCUUACAGGAGAGUCCAGCCAGUGUUGUGGAACUGGUUGUUUGUUUUUUCUCCAUCUGGUCUAUCCUGGGUCUGUCUGGCUUCCAUACCUACUUGGUGGCUUCCAACCUCACAACUAAUGAAGAUAUUAAGGGCUCUUGGUCAAGUAAAAGAGGAGUAGAAGAAUCUGGGAACCCUUACAGCUAUAACAGCAUCUUCACUAACUGUUGUGUGGUGCUGUGUGGUCCAAUGCCUCCCAGUUUGAUUGACAGAAGAGGGUUUUUACCUCCAGAUGUCAUCCCUCAACCAGUCACCUCUGAAACUGAGCUCCAUCCUUUCAUGACAAAGAACGACACCAACAUGUGCACACAGGGUGCCAAGGAGCUUUUGGAGUCAGUUUCUCACUCCUCAGUGGUCAAGAGCAGCUGCAGCUCAGCCACACCCAAGACCACUCCAGUGACCCAGGAGAAUCUGCUAACUACAGUCUCAAGCACUCUCAAGUCUCCAUCUGGUAGGACUUCUACCAGCUGCUUUGGAAAACAGAAACACCAUCUGACGGACAAGACUUGCCCUCAGCAAAUGAGCAAAAAGGCCACACUGGAUGCUCAGGCACUUAGCUUCCAUCUUUCACUCUAUUCUGUUAGCCAUAGUUCUCUCAUUCUCAGUGAUGCUUCUGACAUGGGCUUUCUCCCGCUCACCUGAGUACAGAAGCACCAGCCCCAGCAGACAAGACAUAGCACCUAACCCUCAUUUAUUCAUUUCACUCAGAAUAGGGUUAACAGAUGGCAAUUCACUCAGGUCGUCCUCAGGUCUCUAAACAGUGAAAAAUGCCCUUUGGACCUAAGAUUUAAUGAGCAAAUUUGUAAACAGAAGAUUGAUUUAGGAUUAAUUAUGGUUCUCUGUUUCAUCUGCAGAGUGGGAAUAAUAGGAAGCACAAUACACAUUUGACAAGAAAGGGUCAUUUCCUGUUCUCUCCACACUGCGCACAGCUGUGUUUGGUGUUGCACUAAGCCUUGAGCCAUACUUAAGAUUUACCCAUUGACUUGUAUUCAUAGCAGUAACUUUUGUUUAAAGAUCAGAGUUGUGUAAGGAAAAAGUCUCCUGACAUGUGCAGCCCAAAGAGGCCUCAAAUAUGUAACCGUUAUGAGCUAUGAAAUACAGAAAGGGAUACAUAAUCAAGUUUAAUUUGUAAAUGAUUACUUCAUGAGUGAAUGAGUGUAAAAGUAUGUAUCAUGAGAGUGGAAAAGACUACUUAUUUGUGUGUUGAUGGUAAUUUGUUGGUCAGUUAUUUAAGCUCUGGAAUGAAAUGACUAGGAAGUGGUCUUCAAACCUUCAAAACAUCAGCACUGGAGUAGUUCCACAAAUGGAUGGGAGCUCCUUCAAUAUUAGCAUCAGUAAGAGAAAGUGGAAUGGGAUGAGACCUUUAUUUAGAAGGAUAUAUUAAUGAAGCAAAACUUUGCAGCAUGGUGGUUGGGCUAAAGCAGCAGGCUGAGGAAGCGACAUUCACUUUGCAAACAGUGUUCUUGGUCUUAAUAUCUUUAAAAAAAAAAAAAUCUAAGUCAGGAGUGAACUAUUUUUGUUUUGUGCUGCACAGUACAACGUAUUGAUUGUACACAGAUGUAGUGAAACUGUCCUAGAAAAUGUAGACUUCAUUUAAAAGCAAAGUGAAAGUUAAAUUAUACUAGCAGUGUGUGUGUUUGGUAAUGUUUUACCGUACUGUUCAUUCUACGUGUAAACAAAAUAUUCAUUAAAUAUUUAGGUAUGUAUACUCUGAAGACAUGCAGACAAGUUUGAGCACCAUUGGCUAAAGAUUUUUUUUUUUCUUGGUUGACAAAAUUUGUAUAUUUUUGUUAGUAUGACUAAUAUCGGUUAAAAAGUAAUGUUGGUUCAUAGACUUUUUGCUAUACUUAAACCGGAAGUAUUACAUUCAGGGAUAGGUUAGAAAGAAGAAUGGAAAUAAAAUGUUGAAUUAACGAGAGGCAGGCAAAUAAUGUAUAAUGUUAGGCAUCAGAAAUGAGCUGAGAUAAGUGUUAUCUUUAAAACAGUUAAAGAAUCUUUGUUGGAAUUCACCGUAUAAUGAGGGAAUAACUGCAGGAGAGACUGACAGCAAUGAACAGAAGAAGACAGCUGUGUGGUUUGAAUGCGUUCAGAUGUGAAACCUGUCCAAAUGUGAGUUGUCCUGUGAGCUUGUUGACAUCAAACAACAAACCAUUACUGUAAGUUUUGAGAAGCUAACACUUGACUGACAUUGGGACUGUGGGAAUGUGUGUUCUAUUGUAUUUUUUUAGGCUAGUCUCUUAUUAUUAUUAUUAUUAUUAUUAUUAUUAUUAUUAUUAUUAUUCUUAUUCUUUAAUACCAUGUCAGUUGAGAAGUAAUUACACAAGUGUGCAUAGCCAAUACUGUAAAAGUGAUUGUUCCAUUACUAUAUACAGUACUGUGCAAAAGUCUUAGGCACAUGCAAAGAAAUGCUGUUAAGUAAAGAGGCCUUCAAAAAUAAAGAAAUGAAACAUUUCUAUAUAAAAAAAUACUAUAAAGGGCAGUAAACAGUAAUAAAGUAAACAAAGUUCAUAUUUGUUGUGACAACACUUUGCUUUAAAAAAAAAAAAAUCAGUAUCAGAUACAGUUUGUGCAGUUUUAUAAAGAAUUUGAUGUUCAGUCAUCACUUGUGACACUCUUUGAUCUGGUUUGUCAACACUAGAUGGCACAUUUAUCCUUCACUUUAAACAAAUGCCCUGAUUGUUCUGUCUUGUCCAGAGUAGCGUGUCCAAAUCUCAGGCCUAACGUCUCAUGUCCUGCACUGCUGAGUGAUUUCCAUGCUCCAGUGAACAUAAUUCAUCUCAUUAAGACUUUGGUGAAGUGAUGAGUGAAAGAGCAACAAAAACAAGCUGUACCUUUUUUUUUUAAUGACUCUAGUGUGUACUUGAUAAAUAUCUUCUCUGUAAAGUCUUCUACUCGAGCCUAACAAACAGACCAUGCUGGUUCUUUCCCCGGUUCCAGUCUGACUUUCAGUAGAGGAAUGUCUAAAUGGUAUUUAUUCCACAUUCUAUCUUUUGUCUGUGUCUGCUUUUCUACUUUUUAAUAAAAACCAAUGUAGCAAACAAA